CAACAAGAUUGGCACUUUGGUUCGAUUCAGCCAUGGAUGCCAUCCAUUCCCUUGUCCGCUUGUCAUGAGCUAUGACGAGGGAUCGCCAGUUACGUUUCUGCCCCUCACAGGCUCAUUCAUCCCGUGGCCCCCGGAGACUUCGGCUCGCGGAUGCUGUGCGGUGCUGCGCUUUGUUUUGGCGCCUGUUGGCUUCAACUUACAGCUCACCUGACUAUCGAUAUAUCCCAGACAUGACUACACUACUGCGUCUGGACAUGCAUCGGCAGCAUCCUAAGGUUGUACUGUAGCUACUGUAAGGAGUAAGAGGCACCUUUGUCGUAAAGACGACGUCGAUGGAGAGUCUUCUGCAAUCAAUCAUCAUCUCCCGUUCCCCUCCCUCAGCAACGCCCGCGUGAAACCUUGUGGCAUCAAACUGAGGGGAAGUGCUUGGUCGAUUGGCUAGUUGAGUUGCUGCUAGCUCGCACCUUGAUGCGCCGAGUCAAUCGAGACGCCUUUGGCAUCAGAUGGGUGUCAAUCAAUCAGUCAUGUUUACAGGAAUCCUCUCGUCGAGAUCGGCUUGGGCUAGGGUCUUGGUUAUGCUGCCGCUGAUCGUACCAGCGUCAUGCUGCUGAGACCAGGUUGGGACUGCCGUGAUGGCGCGCGAUACGUCUGACUUCUCACGGGAAGAGAGCGCGUGCCCGGUUCCUUGUGACAUGUCCCUUGUACCUGAAUUCAUGUAAAUGUACCUUGCUCUUUUCGUGACGCUGCCGCAAGGAGACGACUCCCACAUAAAGAGGGCAUCUCUGCAUCUCGGCCACCCCUCCACUCCUGGGGAUCACUUGUCCAUACAACUUCAUCCAGCCUCAGUAUAGAGUGCUAAAUCCUUCUACUCUCUUUGUUCUUUGUAUCUUUUGCUUUUGUUUCUAUAGCUUCACCUUCAUCAUUGUCUUCAUCUUUCUCCUCGUGUCUUACAUGGCCAUCGUCAACAUCCGAUAGUGGGGUCGGCAACAGGCGACAUCAAGUGGAGACGUUUGGAUGGAUCCCGUUAAUCCCUGGCUUUCCCGUCUUUCUCACUCACUCACUCAGUGCCCAGCUGGAGUUUUGGCUAGAGCGUGAAUUAUCAGCUCACUCAAGCGAGCAUGCCACCUUUUUAACGAACUCGACCGCCGAUAGGCGAGAGGCGAGCGCCGAAACGCAGUCCAAGAACGACGACUUGAACAGUAAAACUGGAUGAUUCGCAUGCUACUGAACCGAUUGAUCACGAGAACUUCUUUUCUGACUCACUUUUCUACUUCGCCCAUCGGGAAUCUCUCCUCCCAAACUUGCAGUGAAAGCAAUACGAAGCGAUAAUAAGCUCGAUGCGCAAUGACUUCAUUCCCAGUACCAGAAGAGGCUCCACGUGAUGCGAUCCCAUGAUAAUCCGCCGAAGCUUCAAUUCGCACGCACUCUCGGCACGGUCCAACGAUAGGCAAGAAAUCAAUCAGUGAACCAAGCUCAGAUCAGGUCGACACCGACUUUCUUUCAGCUUCAGCAACGUCAGAUCAUUUUACCCGUAACCCCAGGAAUAGACAUAGUCAGCCGCAUACGCAGCAAGGAAUAACUGCCACGCAAUCCACCAUCCCGUGUAUUUUGCCAGGAUAUAACUUAUGGAUGGAUAAUCGACCUGCCGGGAAUGGUAUGUAUAAGUGUCUGUGGACGCGAAACUGACAAUGCCAUGCCUCUCUCCAUUUAGUUCUCGUCCUGAGGCUCUUCCAUUCGGUUUUUUGUGGCCCGAUUCACAUCAUCCGCCGUCUUUCAGUUAGCAUAGUCCGAUUAAAUAUUAGUCCCUGGCCUCUAUCGCCAUCCCGCCAGACACCGCCUCGAGCGACAGUAACAAGCAUAAUCAUGCGGCCAAGCUAUCCGUGAAGAACCUCGCAAUCGGCAUUCCAACCCGUUCAAGUGAAGACAUAUUCCAUUGCAGCUGAACCGCCAUUCCCGAUCAUUAUGUGACGACUACGUAUCUACAAUGACGCCUGUUCCGUAUACGAAUACAGAGUUGUGGAGGAUGACGGGCGGAGUUGGCUUUAGUGCUACCCUGGAGGAUAAGGGAGGAAUGGUUGGAUAGACUUGCUCGACGAAUCACGAGGACAUGAAAUGGAUUACAAGUUGACCGAAUAUCGAUCCUAUCGCUAUCGCGUUUCUAAGCCACUAAAAGUCACCAAGUUGAGGUUGGUGGGAGGGCAGAAUUCACUCUGAAACCCCUCACUCAAUGAACAUCUUGUUACCACUGUUAUGUAUCUUAUCGGGCAGCAACACCACGAUGCCGUUGACAGUAGAUCUACGUACUACUGCGAAUAUUCCUACCACCAAUUUGAAGGCAUUUCCUCAGAGCCCAACUGAUGAAAACACGAGUUGAAGCAUAUCUUGCCAUAACGCUCAAGAUUCUUCUUCGUCUUCUCAACAGAAACCAUGUUCUUACGGACAGGCCGCAUCUGGUCUGGCCGACUCUCGCCCAACACGCUUCAGAACUCAAUUACGCAAUGAAAGAGAACCCACAAACAACAACACACCGAUAUGCUGAAGGUGACGAGGCCACUAUGAUCGCCAACUCGGAAGUGCAAAGUCGGAAAGAAGGAUCAACAGAAAACCGCAUGAAUCUUUGCCCGUGUCCUCUCAUCUACGGCUUGGGUGCCCAACCAAAUAACGCCAACAACCUCCAAAGCCAUGUUCGUUAUGGUUGGAGUGAAUGUUGAGAAUUCCAUCAAGACAAUCCGAAGACGAUGGACGGAUCUGGCAUUGGCAGGGGCGAGACCAUUUGUCAAUGACACAUCUUCAAAGACAGAAAGAAUAUACGAGAUCCUCUAAGCCUACCAUUACGUGAAUCUCUCAAAGAUCGAAAUGUUGAACCAUCAUUCAAUGCUUAAUUACGGGUAUCAUUUUAUCUAGAAUAAAAGCUCUGUCAUAUACUCGUCCCUUCUGGCCCUCAUAACCUCCACUCUAUGUCAUCUGAGAAUCUUCUCUUACAUGGUUUAUCGGGAAUCCGUUUGCAAUAGCAGCCCCUCCCAGCUGCUUCAGCCACGCUGAGCCAUCUCCUUCCGGCACAGGUCGAUGCGAAAGAUUACACUCGACAAAGAUUGAAUCGUCCAUGUACUGCCAAUCCGACACUUCAAUGGCGCUCUCAGAGAGGGAACCCUGAAAUGGCGAGGAGCUGAGUGCUGCGCAAGUCCACGCCAUCUGUUGUAAGAUUUCUAUCAUGGUGUGGGUCCAUGCCGAUACUGUCAAGCGUAUUGAGCCAUCUUCGACCUCGACGUGCAGCAGGCGUAGUCCAGGACAUAAGAACGGGUUUUCGGUACCAUCCCAAAUCGACAUGCCGGUGAAUGAGUGGCCCUCGCAGCUCGACGCCGAAGCUUCUUUGACGGCGUCUUCGAUACAUCCCAGGAGGAGUUCGCCGCACUUGGGCCACUGCUUCAUUGUAUACUCAGAUAUCGUGGUGUAAACGCAGUCAUUUGCGGUGCCAGUAAUAGCUGGCAAGGAGCCCAUUUUGACGAGUUGAGGAUCUCCGAUGCCUUGAAGGGGUCCAAAGAGUUGACACUCAAAUUUGAACUGGAUGGCGUGGAAUCCAUCGCUAGGGGGUCGAUAAGGGGGUUUCAUGAGGAUGUGCCAGAGAGCUGAUUCCAUGAGAUGCAUUUGCACAUAGUGGGGCGAGAUCAAGACCUCGCGUAUCCUUGAGAUAAGAUGUCUCGCAGACCUUCCUGUCGUGAUAUAGGUAUGGAGAGAAGCAGCAAUUUCAUUCGGUGUGCCCCUGGGUGAACGGGCUGGGUAUUCUCUGUCCCAGUAACUGCAUAAGAGUUGGAGAGCAACUGGCAGUUCAAUGCCCCGUGCUGCCUCGGACCAUGUCGCAGGACGUCGUGAUAUACCGGGACCGAGUUUAUCGAGUAGGCAUCGCGGUGCUUCUGGCCCAUUGAGGAUCAAUAUAAGUUGACAAACAGGUCCAUCGAACAAUUUCUUAAUUUGCUCAGUCGAGUCUGGAUUCGAGUCACAAUAGAAAGCCCAAAGUUCAUCCCAUAACAUCAACGUGAACUCAGACAACAGUCGAUCCAAUAUCCUAUCAAUGUUGACGCGAAACUUUUGCUCAGGGAGAUAAUAAUGGGUGAGGAGUUCGUUGUUCAACCCAUCGGCAAGGGCAGUGGCAAAAGCAGCAACGAGAGCGCCAGCGAUGAGUGGCGGUACCAAGACCUCGGCAUUGCUAGGUGACUGAGCAGUUCUCGGACGUCGGCUUGGCAGCGGUGGCUUUAUGAUGCUCAAAAUAGAAGCAUCGACAAUAAGAUCGUGUUCGUGCGUGGUGGAUAACACGGGGGGAUGUGGUGGGGGCAUUGUCUUGUUGCAGUCAUGUCAAAUGGAAUGGAUGUCAAAGUCAAGAUCAAGGAAGCAUUUUUUAACUCAAAAUUUACGGUUAAACCGCAAGAGUCUCAUGUUGAAGAUUCCAUGGCAGAGGGAGUAAGGUAUUCGUUCUUGGGACAUGGUAGAUAUCUUCUGGGCGGAGCUGAGGCAAGUUUUUGAUGGUCAAGAGCGACGAUGCGUUGCGUGGCAUUGCGUGGCCCCAUGAGUAAUUGGAUUAGUCGGCUCUUACGCCGCCACCCAAAAGACCAAAGCAAAAGAUCUCGAAGAAAGGAGAGACUUGUUUGAAGACGGAGAAUAUUUUUUAAAUUAAUCCGUCGAGUGAUAAUCCUCUUACGAAUAUGAAUCCUCCUUUAAAAUGAUUGACGAAGCUCCUUUUUCUGUUCGUAUUCCGUACAAAGUCUCGUCGCUUGGACUCAAAAUGAACGUCGAGGCCGCGUAAUGGUUCUGUAUGGGGCCAUCAGAUCCCCCUCAUCCCCCUCAAGUGAUGGGCAAUUAAUUUGCACAAAAAUCGCGCUUUUCUUUAUCUCUGAUUGACUUGAAAAGGAGCCGAGUGACGAGGUCCUAGUAAGAAUGAAUGUGGAGGAGGAAGUGGAAGUUGUUCUCUCUGCCUUUUAAACAUUGUCGCUUAAUGUGGCAGUGCAUCAACCUUGCACGUCCACUAUAUUAAAGCCGCCGAUGGGACAUAGCUUAUUCAACGGUUAAUGACAUGAUACUAACACUAUAAUACAAGGAGUGUAGUGAUUUCCCAUUUAUUUUAAGCUUGUACAUAGGCUUAACAAUUACGAUAGACUCAUCUGCCCUUGCUGAGAUACAGUCCACUUUUAUCUUUGCCGAAACCGCCCAUAGUGCCCCUGAAGCAUUUCUUUGUAGGGACAUGCACACACUAUGUUAAUCUAUGCUUCUGUUCAGUUUUUGAAACGUCAGUGUAAUGGGCUUCUGGCCCAAGGUAGUGACUGUCAUGUUUAUUUAAACCUUUUUCUUUAAAUCAUAAUGUUCGUUAAGAUGCGGAUCAAGUGUUCAGAAAGGGUUGUCACACGAUCUAUGAGUGUUAAUUCUGACUCAAACUGCAGGUUCUUCAAAGUUGCUACUUACACUACUCACCAAAGAAUCUCUCAGUUAGGAGUCUCCGAGAGACGCGGUCCGUGGGAAAAGUCUAUAGAGAGUUUAGAGGGUGGCCUGUUCAGUAAACGGGAGAAUUACACAAGGAGCGUCAGAUGACUUGGCUUUGGAAACACCACUUAUACAACAGAAUCAACAAAGCCACUCAACCAUCGAUUGGCUAAAUUUCUAUAGAGUAGAGGGA